AUGAAGCGUGGUAAUGUGCGCAGCCAAGAGGUAACAGACGCUCAAGGCCGUCGACGUUUCCACGGAGCCUUCACUGGCGGCUUCUCUGCUGGUUAUUACAACUCUGUGGGCAGUCAAGAAGGAUGGACCCCGCAGACGUUCUCCUCGUCUCGUGGUAGUCGCCCGUCGAGAGUUGAGCAACGUCCUGAGGAUUUCAUGGAUGAGGAAGACGAUCCGCUGCUGGGCAAACGUCUGGAGACGUCGGAACUCUACGAUACGCUGCAAACAGACGCCAAACGACGACUACAACAGCAAUGUCAGCCACAUGGGUCUAGUGCUGCCGUCAUCCCGGGGUUCACACUUCCUGAAGAUUGGGCGUUGCCGGUGAAUGAGUCGAUUGGAGCCAAGCUCUUGAAGCAAAUGGGCUGGAAAGAAGGACAUGGCAUUGGUCAGCACGUGCGACGGCGAAAGUUCAAGAAGAAAGAGGCAAAAUUGCUACAACAAGAUGAAGGUGAGGAGGAGGUGUACAUGCCACCUCGAAAGGUGUUCGACGUGCAGAAAACUUUCCCGAAACCAAAGUUGGACCGGUUUGGAGCUGGCUUUGACCCGUACACGGAUGCUCCUGAGUUUUCACUCUGUAAACGAGAGCAGAAGGAGAGACAGAAAGCAACUGAGUUGUCUCACCACCAAGGAGUGUCGUUUGUGGACGCUUUGAAGAUCACGAACGGUAGUAACCGUGCAACGAGUGCGUACGGACUGAGUGCGCUGGAAGAAAAUGAUGAUGUGGACGUGUACGGGACCGUCUCAAUGGCCGAGUUUGAUCGAGUGAUUGCGUCAACUAGGACGAAAAGUGACGUAAAGCGACUGGGUUCAUCGACUUUAGGGUCCCACGGACUUGAGAAGACGAGGCACAGCCGAGCGCUUUGUUCAGACGGGCGGCCAGUGCUUCCUGGCUUCGACCUGGCGGGUUCCAGAGAGAAGCCCUCGAAGGAAGUAAUUCCGCGUCUAGCAGUUCCGUCCGGAUUUAAGGCACAUCAUCGAUUUGGUGAGGCUGAAGGCGAAGACGAUGCUGUAACACGUAUGUAUCACAAGCAUAAUUUUGCGACAGCAAAGACUGUAGCUGGCUCAGUUGUAACAGCGAAGCAGAGAAGUGCUCUAUUCGACGACGAUCGUCAAAAUACUCGAUUUGACACAGGUAAGGUGGGAGCUGAUGCUGCUGAAGUUGUGAAACCAAUCGGGAGUGUGUUUGACUUGCUUGGCGAAGACCAGAAAGCGAAGCUAUUCAGUGCUGCCGAACGAGCUAAACAGGGGUCGGUCUCGUCUCACAGAACCCCUGCCGCUGUGGUCAAAGCGUCGACUACAUUGAACGACCGGGAGCCAUUGGUACGAGGUAGUGCCGGCUGUCAGUUUCGCGCAAAAAUUUCUGCGUCCAUCGCCAAGAGGUUUGUCGCGUCAACGUCUACUGCGGGCGCGGGUAAAAGUGACUGUGUGCAAAACGAAGAGCCUCAAGCCAAGGUGUUGCGUCGGUCUCAGAGUUCAUGGAUUCCAAAAUCAUUGCUGUGCAAACGCUUUCACGUGAAGUGUGUGGGACCGACUGGAUCAAGCGGUAAGGAUGACGAGAACGGCAAGAAGCGCGAUUUGUUUGAUGAGGAACUUGUUCCGCGCUUGAUGGAAUACGCCGCUGAUCGAGCUGCUUGCAAUCAAUCAGAGGCCGGUGGCAAUGAGAUUGUUCCAGCCGGCGAGCCCCAAGGACUAGAGGCCCAGGAUCUGCCACCAUUACCUGCAGUCAAGCACAUUUCUGCCGGUCUCCUGAAAUCCAUUUUUGAGCCUUCGGAUGAGUCGGAGGUGAGUGAAGAAAGUAGUGACGAAGGUAGUGACGAUGACAAGGACGAGAAUCGGACCAGCAAAGUUGAUGAGAGCAAGCAAGAGCUGCCUUCUACGUGGUCGUUGGAAACGCAUCGCAAGUCAUGGACAGGUGGUACUGAAGAUUUGCCAUGUAACAGCGCUGGUGCACACUCAAGUUCAUCUGGUGAUGGCACGGGAACUGCCAUUGGUGUUGCCGCGAUUCGUGGUGUCAACGAACAUGCGAAAAGAUCCGUAAAACGAUCGCGUAGUAUUGACGCUGGCAAUGGCUCGGACAUCGAACGACGCACAAAGGAUGAGAAGCAUAAACACGCAAAGCGUAAGAAACGUCACAAACAGCGCUCUUCACACGAUGAGAAGAGCAAGAAGAAGGACAGAACGGAACGCAAGUCGCACAAACACCGAUCGUCCAAGCGUUCCAGACGAAGUCGAAGCAGAGAUCGGAGUGCUAGGCGAAAGUGA